UUGCUAAGAACAUAUUCAAUUUUAUUUUGGAAAUUUCGACUAUGGCACAGACAAAUAAAGGAAUUGAAGAAGACGUGGCAAGUGCUUUUGUGAAUCACUACUACCAUCUCUUUGACAACGAUCGACCAUCUCUUUCCACUCUUUACAACCCCACCUCGUUGCUCACUUUUGAAGGCCAAAAGAUCUACGGCGUGGAAGACAUCUCCAAUAAGCUUAAACAACUUCCGUUCGAUCAGUGCCGUCACUCGAUCAGCACCGUUGAUUCUCAGCCGUCUUCAAUAGCCGGGGGGUGUGGUGGAAUUAUCGUGUUUGUGAGUGGAAGCCUCCAAUUACAUGGGGAGGAUCAUCCUCUUAGGUUUAGUCAGACGUUCCACUUGAUUCCGGUUCUACAAGGAAGUUUCUUCGUUCAAAAUGAGAUGUUUCGGCUCAACUAUGGUUGAACAUAAUUAUAUAAUUCAAUUAAUGCUUGUAUUCAAAUAAGUAAUGAAAAUCAAUAUUUCAUUCUGACUACUAAGUAAAAUACAUAAUGAAUUUUUUUUUCCUUUGUUA